ACAUAACAUUCUGCUACACAGAUGCUGUUUCCUUUGCCCAGCACACCUGUCACCCACCUCAACCCUUUCUCUCUUUCCCCAUCUUUCUGUGGCUAGCUCCUCCUCAUUCUUUAGGUCUCAGUGUAGACAGCACCACUAUCAGGAAGAAGUCCUGACACUGCCAGGCCUAAGAUAAGUAAAUGGAGGCUCAGAGACAAUAAAUGACCUAACCAAGGUCACUAGCAUGUAAAGUAUUAGUGCCCAGACUCUGAUCUGAGUCCCUGGACUUCAAAUCCUGUGACUUCCGCACUGCCAUCAUUUGCCUGACCCUUGGUAUAGCACCAAGCGGUUCUACACAAAGAAGAGUGGAUGCACUUGGAGUAGAUUCACUUUUUCCCAUUCCUCCUGCUAAACUAAACACAGCUAAAACCCCUGGACAUUAUAUAUAAAACUAACAUAAAAAGACAGAAUGGUGCAGAGAAAGAAGCAGACUGACUAGCAACCUUGGAACCUUGAUUUUGGAACCCAAGAAUUGAAUGGCAGUGAGUUCGUGGAUUUUCUUUUUGCCUCGCAUAUCCUGAACUAGGUGCUAGAGAAGCAGCCCAGAAAUGCCAAAGAGCAUGCACAAAAUAAAGUCCCAAGAAAAGCCUGCUUGUUCUCUUUAGCCAAAGCACUAGGAAGGCAAUUCAGCAAGGCAGAAACUUUUAGAGAAUAACUGCCCUACUCUAGCCAAACACCAUGGGAAAAAAUCACAGCCCCACCACCACCCCUGUUAGCAAAGGCCAAGUGGGGAGCCUAAACUUCCACCUUUAAUUAGCUGUAAGGAGCUACCCUCCCCAGACUCCACCCCUCACCAGGGUGUUAUCAGAGAAUAUGGAGUGGGGAGCUGGGACUUUCAUCCCUAUCCAGAGGUAACGAGCUCUCUCUCCAGCAGCAGUAACAAGGCACCCUUCCAACUCUGCCAGGAUGAAGUCAGAGGAGGCCACCUGGGAAGUCUGGAAUCCCAUAUCCACCAGUAAAGCACCCUUCUCCCCACUCUGGGUAGUCAAAGGAGGCUGAGUGGAGAACCUGGACCUUCACCCUUGCUUGGCAUUAGCAAAAUGAAACCCCCUCCCUUAACAGGCAUGGUGUCAGAGGAAGCCUGCUAAAACAAAAGAUUUAAGUAAGAUCCAGAGUCUCAUAACACCCAAAAUGUCCAGUGUACAAUUAAAAAAAUCACACAUCAUACCAAGAACCAGGAAAAUCUCAACUUGAAUGAAAAAAAAAAAUCAGCAGAUGGCUACACCGAGAUGACACAGAUAUUGGAAUUAUCUGACAAAGAUAUGAAUACUCUUGGCAUAAAAAAUAGAAAAUCCUAUUGAAUAGAAGCUAAAUAGAAAUUUUAGAACUGAAAAAUAUAAGCACCAAAGUAAAAAAACUCAUUGGAUGAGUUCAAUGGCAGAACAAAGGGGACAGAGGAAAGAAUCCAUGAACUUGAAAACAGAACUGUAGAAAUGACCCAAGCUCCGCACGGUGGGUCACGCCUGUAAUCCCAGCACUUUGGGAGGCCGAGGAGGGAGGAUCACUUGAGGUCAGGAGUUCAAGACCAGCCUGGCCAACAUGAUGAAACCCCGUCUCUACUAAAAAUGCAAAAAUUAGCUGGGCGUGGUGGCGGGUGCCUGUAAUCCCAGCUACUCCAGAGGCUGAGGCAGAAGAAUCCCUUGGAUCCGGGAGGCAGAAGUUGCAGUGAGCCGAGAUUGUGCCAUCGCACUCCAGCCUGGGGAAGAAGAACGAGACUUCAUAAAAAAAAAUAAAAAAGAAAAAAAGAAAUGACCCGAGCUGAAUAACUUUAAAUUGUGUAAAUACACAGACUUUCCUUAUCUUCUUGAGUUGUCUAAAUUGUGUGAUGGCUGAAGCAAAAAGUAUAACAUGGCCUGAAUGUGGAUCUCAAGGUAUAUAGAUGAAACAUUUAAUACAAUUAUAUCAUAAGUGGAAAAACAAGGGACUUACAAGAAGGUAAGGUUUCUACUUUUGUAUUGAAGUGAUAGAAUAUGGACAUCCGCUGAUCUUUUUUGUUUUUUAUUUUUUGAAACAGAGUCUUACUCUGUUGCCCAGUAGUGCAGUGGCAACAUUAAGUGAAGAGUACACAGGACCUUUUUUUAGUAUCUUUGCAACUUCCUGUAUGUCUAAAAUUAUUUUAAAAUCAAAAAGGUUUUUAAAAAGAGGAUCAAAAAAAAAGAAUAAAAGGGAACUGAAGGGGCAUCAUCACAGGCAAUCUGGAGGCCAUACUUGAGGGGAGACGGUGCUCAGAGAACACAGGUUUCCGGACUGGAACCUAGUCUCACCCUCCAGUGACAUCACAAAGCCUCAGAAGCCCCACCGACCACCCAGAAGUUUUGCUAACAGAACUAUCAUCUGUGUUUGUAUUGGAAGCAGUUGUUUGGCCUUGCUGAGCAAACGUCUAUGCCUUCUCCAUUACAUCCGAAGGAGAAUAGUCCCAUGUUUGGAACGGAAUCAGUAGAUGUUUGGUCGCUGUACCACAUCCACUCCUAGGAUAUAACAAGAACAGGCCCAAUUCUCUUGGUGGUGUGGGCAGUCGGCUUGCACCACGUACCUACCUCGGCUCUUUUUGGAAGCUUAUGUCCUCCCCACAACUUCCAGCUUUCUUAUGGGACAAGGGUACACUCACCACUGCCGUAUCUAAUCCUACUUACCUGGUAAACGUUCUCUUCUUCUUUACACCCCUGAUGACUCUGGUCACUCUAUUCAUCCUGGUCUGGAAAGUAACCAAAGACAAAAGCAACAAGAACAGAGAGACACACCCAAGAAAGGAGGCAACACGGCUGCCAUAAAGAUCUGGAUCUCUUGGUGGGGACUCCACUGAGGUGAAGACCUGAUUGUACAAGAGGCAGGGCCACUGGAGCUGUCUCAGAGCCCAGAGCCUGGGGAGCCAGAGUUGCUUUAGCCACCCUAUUCCUCCAUUGCCAGAUGUCCCCCCAGGCCUCAUUUCCUUCCUCUGCCACCACCCUUCUUAUAAUGCACUCCUCCUGCGGUUCUUUGGCUUGUCCCAGCUUCUGAGUUUGAAUGUCUUUUUUUUUUUUUUUUUUUUUUUUGUGGAUCUUCAAGACUGAAAUAGUAAAUGGCUCUUGAUUUCUGCACUAACAGAGGAAAGAAACAAGUACAUGGAAAAGUAAAAAUUGAUUACAAAGCCUAAAUUUUCCUCUAUAAAUUGGGCAUGUGCUGACUGUGGGAUAUUGAAAUUAUUGGGAGCUUACAGCAUCUCAAGUUAUAUAAUGAAGCUAUUCUGGAAGCUCAUUUCCAGAAGAUCCUUGAAAUGAAAUGGCUCGCUCUAUGCUGAAUUGUAGGUACACUCCUUCCUCCUCUUCACUUAAUGCUGGGAGUAAAAAGUAUUUUUUUCUUAAGAAAU